UUAGUACCAACAUUUCACACCACCGAAGCUCUGAGCAUUUUUGGCCAAUUUGUUUUAACAUUAACGGUUACCCCCCGCUUUUUUCGGAAGCCUACUGAAGGUCCCUAUUGGCACAUCAGUAUUCAAUAAUUACAUUUUCCAUAUAACAGCCUUGAAAAAACAAAACCUCCGCUAUGCGACAGAGGAAGGGGUAGUUUGAGACGCUGUAGCAGAGUGCAUUGACUACAUACAUCUUAAGUGAGGCUGGCUGAAGGAUGGAUCCAAUCGACUGGGAUGCCAUACGAGCAAUCCAGAGAAAUCUGCACCCAAAUCAUCAAAAUGACAUAAAUAACAGCAUUGAGAAUACCCCAAGAACUAAUAUUGAGUGGGACGCUUACUGUGAAUACUCAAGACCCACUGUUGGUGAAGCACACAGCAGCAUGAGAGUGAAUGUGGAACACGAGCGACUGAGUCCUUCCUUUCAUAAUGUUUAUAUUAAAGACUCAGAAGUCCAGGACCCAGACGGAGAACCGCUUCCAUCGGUUGAAGAAGAUCCAGAGCUGUCAAGAAAGAGGAAAGAGCUUAGAGAGAUAGAGGAGCGGAUAAUGUUUAAGAAAGCUGCCAUUGCUCUGAAAGCAGUUGAACCAACACUGCCAAACGUUUCCAGUAAUGCAGCUACAUGCAAAGGGGCAACUCUUAAAGAAAGGGUGAAUGUCAUUUUGCAGAAAAUAAAUCCUGCCAUAUUUAACUCAAUGUUUUGGUCGCACAGAGAGCGAAUGCACUCAUCCAGGCUGAGCAAAGAUAGUCUCCUGCAGAACAACCAUCCCCUGAAGCUCAGAGUGAAGGCGCUAAUGAAGAGGAGAUGCAGUGAUCCAGCACGCAAGUGCGGUGAAACCCCACCGUCUCCCCCCAGUCGAAGCUUUACCUCACCAGCCAAGGAGGAGACUAUCGCCAACGAAGGUUUCCAGCGCUUCCUCAGCGUGCUCAACAAAGGAGUGGACAUAGACUUCCUCAGCAGGAUUGUCAAUGAUGAUGAUGAUGAUGAUGAAGAUCUCCCUUCAGGCGAGCAGCUCCUAACCACUCAGCCCCCUGCAGUAGAGAAAGAGCCACAUCCAUCUUUCAGGAGCGAGGUCCAGCGAUCAAACAGUGAAGCCUCGCUUCCCGACUUCAGUCAGACCAACAGAGGCCACGACACCUUUUGCAUGCCGGGCGAUGAAGAAAGUAGGAAUGAAGGAGGAGAAAGCAAGUUUGGUUCUAGCAUACCAUCAAAGUCACCUGUUUCAGUUGUGAAGAAGAAGGAAGAAGAAGAUAAACCAAAGGUGGAUGUGCAGCAUGAACAGCUUCAGAAUAUUCUUAAAACUCUGGGGUUGAACCUGGAAGUGGAAGGGAUGAGCAAACUAGAAGAUCGGACUCAGGAGAGACUGUACGGGAAGAAGAAUGAAGACACAAAUGUAGAAGGAUGUAGAGCAGCACAGGAGAGUCAGCAUAGUGGCCCCCAGAGACAUUUCAGUAACUCUUCAUCCUCCUCAAGGUCCACCAAGUCUAGAAGCUUAAGUCCCAGCCUCCCAAUGCGUCAGUGCUCCCCCAGCACUGGAAACCUGGAACGAAAGUCUGAACAGACUUAUUCGAGAGAGAGGAGAGACAGGAUUAUAGACAAUAGCAGAGACAUAUUUAGAGACAGAAGCAGAGACAGGGUUAUAGACAGAAGCAGAGAAAGGAUUAUUGACAGAAGCAGAGACAGAAGCAGAGACAGGAUUAUAGACAGAAGCAGAGACAGAAGCAGAGACAGAAGCAGAGACAGAAGCAGAGAAAGGAUUAUUGACAGAAGCAGAGACAGAAGCAGAGACAGAAGCAGAGAAAGGAUUAUUGACAGAAGCAGAGACAGAAGCAGAGAAAGGAUUAUUGGCAGAGACAGAAGCAGAGAAAGGAUUAUUGACAGAAGCAGAGACAGAAGCAGAGACGGAAGCAGAGACGGAAGCAGAGACGGAAGCAGAGAAAGGAUUAUUGACAGAAGCAGAGACAGAAGCAGAGACAGAAGCAGAGACGGAAGCAGAGAAAGGAUUAUUGACAGAAGCAGAGACAGAAGCAGAGACGGAAGCAGAGAAAGGAUUAUUGACAGAAGCAGAGACAGAAGCAGAGACAGAAGCAGAGACAGAAGCAGAGAAAGGAUUAUUGACAGAAGCAGAGACAGAAGCAGAGACAGAAGCAGAGACAGAAGCAGAGACGGAAGCAGAGAAAGGAUUAUUGACAGAAGCAGAGACCGAAGCAGAGACAGAAGCAGAGAAAGGAUUAUUGACAGAAGCAGAGACAGAAGCAGAGACAGAAGCAGAGACAGAAGCAGAGAAAUGAUUAUUGACAGAAGCAGAGACAGAAGCAGAGAAAGGAUUAUUGACAGAAGCAGAGACAGAAGCAGAGAAAGGAUUAUUGACAGAAGCAGAGACAGAUUUAGAGACAGAAGCAGAGACAGGAUUAUUGACAGAAGCCGAGACAGAAGCAGAGACAGGAUUAUUGACAGAAGCAGAGACAGAAGCAGAGACAGGAUUAGAGACAAUAGCAAAAACAGAAUUGGAGACAGAAGCAGAGAAAUUGUUAUAGACAGAAGCAGAGAUGGAAACAGUCUUACACAAAACCAAACCAACCCCCAUCCCAACCCGGAUAAUUGUUCUACAUUUCCACAAUACAGUUUGUCCGAGGACUCACAGUACACUGCCUAUGAUAAAGGCACUUACAGCUCUGCCACAAAUACUUACUGGGGACAGACGCAGGUGUCUAUUCCUCCCUCCCUUUACCCCGGUGAGGGUCCUUACCCCCUAAACCCUUACCAUAACUUUCCUGAUUUUGUGGGGGAACCUCACAUGGUUAACCCCUAUCACAACCCCCUUGACACAAACUUUUUUGUAAAUCCAGACUUGUCUGCGAGUGAAGGCCAAGUUGCAUCUUUUUCCAAGAUUCGCUGCCUGCAGGUCAUCGACAGUACGCAGCAGUGUGUAAUGAAAAAGAACACCACAAAGAAUUAUAAGAAGAAUUUGAGUGCAAGGAAACUCAGGAAGGUUCAAUACUGGGACAAUGUAAUGGCGAAACAUGAACGAAAAACGUUAUUAUCCGAAGUGCCUAAGGCAGAGGCUGAGGUGGACCCUCCACCUUUGCCACCGAAGUUGCAGGAAAAUAACAUUGAACGUGUGUCCCAACCCGAGCCGAUACACAAGAAGAAACGGCAGCUAACAGAGGAGGAAGUCAAAGCGAACCUGAGGAAAACGCUUGAAGCAUUUAACCAGAAGGUGAAGCAGAGUGUCCCACAGCCAGUGAACUUCCCAUCGCCUCACACUGAUUACGAAGAUGCAUCAUGACUGUCUGAUCAUUUGAAGCUGCUGUGAGAGAUCAUCUGGACUUCAGAUCCAACAUACACAUUCAGUCACUGUUACAGGAGGAUGUAGUAUUUUAGUUGUAUUUCCAAACAUGUUGAAAAGUAAACUAUAUAUUCCUUAAAAUAAUAUGUUUGUGCCAUGUAUUACCAGUUUCUGUAAAGAAAUUGUCCUUAUUUCUGUGAAUUUCUUCUUUGGAAAUCAGUUUCUUGCUGUAUACAUUUGAUUAAAAAUACAUGUUUUUCAG